UCCUUGACCCCCAUUCCUUCCACUCUUUCAAACACCUGUCCACCAACAUUGCAUGUCGCCCUAAACUUCCCUGAUUGCUAUCGACUGUGCGAUGGACCCAGUCUUUGCCUCGAUGGGUAACCCGCGCCCUUUUCCCGGAGGAUCCUCACAACAUCAGGGUCGUGCUGGCAAUAUACCCCGCAAUCUCGCCGCCAUAGGAGGUCCGUUCAACCACAAUAAAAGCCAGUCUUCCAUCUCCAAUGAGAAUGAGUUCAAAAAGCCCUUUCUGGAUCUUCCAUCUGUACCGUUGAUGAAGCGCAAACUGUCAAGAACUGAACUCGAUUCAAAGAACAAGGUUCACUUGCGGCGACAGUCCAACGGCUUCGACAGCAGCAGCAAUAACAACCGCGGCAGCAAGGGUGGACAACAAAAUGAGACCCCUCUUUCCGACAAAACCCUCUCCUCCCUCAAUCACGAUAUCAAUACCGCAGAUGUACCAGCUCUGAUUCUGGCGCCCUUUGAGCCCCCGCCCUGGCUCGAGUUCGGAAAGGCCGUGGUUGGCACCAAAAAGAUGGCUGCAAUGAUUGUGCAGAACCCAACAGACCUGAUCGAGAAGCUCACAGUGGAUUCCAGCUGCAAGAUGGAGGAGAAAGGCUUCAACAUUGUUCAAUUGGAUCCUCUUCAGCAAACAGGAGGUAGAAACACGACUGUCGAGCCACUAGUACUGCCGCCAAGGAGCAAAGCGGAGAUAUCGAUUUGUUGGACACCCCUUACUGCGGGAAAUGUUCGUGCCAGUGCUAUCUUGAAGACCAACACUGGACGGUUCAUGAUCAAUCUCAGAGGAUGUGGCGAUGUCCCCAUUCCUGAAUAUCAAAGUUUAAACAGCUCAAGGAGACCAUCCACGGCCAGCAUUCGCGGCGUGAAGCAGGGCAGCUUGGCAACACUGAAACCAAGGAGCAGCGUAUUAAAACAAAGCAUGAUGCGGCACAGCGUAACGAGACCUGACACCGCUAAUAGAGCGCCAGUACCGGGCGGAUACAACACUCUUCCAUAUGUGACAACAAAUGAGAUGUACGACGAAAAAUGGAUCGACAAGCAACAACAGUCUUUCAAAGAAUGGUUGAACCACGAGUUCAGUGGCACGGUGGAUGACUUUUCAUCCGAUGAUCCUUCUUCAUGGAGUUAUUACUCGCACAAGCUGGAGUAUGAGCAUACCCGAGCCGCGGCGUGCAAGAUUUACCAGUCGGAUACCUUUCGAAUCGUACUACGCAAAGUGGAAGAGUCCAUUGCACGAGAUCGACUGCAGCUUCACCCGGAACGUAACCUUGUUGGUGAUAUUACGACUCGACGGGAAAUCAUCGACAUGCUGUUUUCAUUCGACAUUCGAUGGCUCGUCCUUGGAUUAGAAACUAUCACUGGCAAAGAAGUAGCUAUUAAACCAAACUUCGACAGGGCCACGAUCUCUGGGUUUAUUAACCAGGCUAUCUUUCAUAACGAGCAGAUUGAGGCUGAGUUCGAGCCGGACAGGAUAUUGUCGAACCGACCAAAGUUCUAUCAGGCGAUGAACCGGCUAGUUCUCAAGCGAAUCUUUAUGCUGAUACUGUUCCUUGACAAGGCUAAGCUUGCUCGACUAAUUUCUUCGGAUCCGUGCUUAUUCAACAAGGAAUCUGAUGUCAAAUCGUGUAGAACUCUGUUACUGAAGAUAUCCAACAGCUAUUUGUUGGGUGAGGGGGACAUCAUUCGGCAUUUAUUAUUCAUGGGCUUCUCAGUACUGCACACUCAAGCUCCAUUGGAUGAAUUUAAAUUCAAAGUUGAAAACCUUGCGGUGGACCUGCGCGAUGGUGUCAGGCUAUGCCGACUAAUCGACUUGCACUGUCCCGAACUCAAUCUGUGUCAGAAAAUGAAGUUCCCGACGCUUUCAAAAGCGCACAUGCAGCAGAACGUCAGCCUUGCGCUCAAUACAUUAGUGAAGCAGGGAAUCUCUCUGGAGGGCACCCGUGGAGGUGUUGUAAGUUCUCGGGACAUUGUCGAAGGUCAUCGCGAAAAGACAUUUGGGCUCCUGUGGAAGCUGAUUCUCAAUUGGAAGGUCGCGGUGCUGCUCGACCUCGGUGUCCUCGAGGCUGAAAUCAGUGCACUGAGGAAGGAAUAUAUGCGACUCUUUGGCGUCGACCAGCCUGACCGAGUGGACACCGUGUAUUUUACGUCGGACCAAUUGUCUGCUUUGCUGCGAUGGUGUCAGGCGAUCGGAUCUUUUUACAAUCUCUCUAUCAACAACUUUACUACUUCCUUUUCCGAUGGUCGGGCAUUUGGAGCCCUACUUAGUUAUUACCAUCCCACGCUACUCGACAUGGACGAGAUGAAGGACUCUGCCCAGUUUUUGGCAGAAUACAAGCAGGGUCUUCAUCAACCGGAGCCACAGCUUCCUGAACGUAACGAUGGAAAGGGCUGGUUUAUCGAUGCCAAGAAUCUCAAGGAUCCUAUUACUCAGGCAAAGGAGAUGGAUAGGUUCAACUACCGCCUGCUUGACAAAAGAGUACAGGCUCUCGGCGGAGUCCCUAUUACACUGCGUCAUAAGGACAUGUCGAACGUGGGCGUCCCGGAUGAAAAGGCUGUUAUUUUGUUCGUCACAUACCUCUGCGCUCGACUCAUGCAUUUGAACAAUGACAUCAGGGCUGCCAAGACGAUUCAGCGUAUCUGGCGCAAGAAACAUUACGGCCGCAAGGAAGAGAACAGGAUCAAUUCUACCAUUGUUAUUCAAAAAUUUGUGCGGAAGUUUCUCUCCCGAAAGCGAUUGCACGGACUCAAAAAGCAGCGAGAUGACGCAGCAGUGUUGAUCCAGACGGGCUGUCGUAUGUUCCUGGCCCGGACUCGCGCACUCCAUAAACUGGAGAGCGUCAUCAAAGUUCAGUCUGUGCUCAGAGGCUACUUGACGAAGAAACACUAUGUGGAGAUCCAAUGGGCUGCGUUGACCGUCCAACGAUACUACAGAGGCCAUAUCGUUCGCCUGUACUUCAACGAAGCUUUGGUGCAGCACCGAGCUGUCCAGAUGGUUCAAGCGCAGGCUCGCGGAUACUUGACCCGGAAGUGGUUCCUCCUUUUGCGGAUAGCCGCAGCGGUAAUCCAGACAAGACGGCGGGCCAUCAAUGAUGGUCGCAGGGUUCGAGGCUUUUACCUACAGCUUGUCAACGCAGCCAUUAUUAUUCAACGCCGGUGGAGAGCGACUGUGGUGGGAAGAAGUGCUCGGCAGGCGUUUUUGCAGCAGAGAGACUUGAUGAUUCGACUGCAGGCCCAAAUCCGAUCCAACCUUAUUCGACAGGCUUAUAUCGAGAUACGCUGGGCGGCCACUGUGAUCCAGGGACGACUGAGGCAGCGCAAUGAGACAAGGAGGUUGCAUCAUCAGUUUAUGAUGCAGCGAUGGGCGGCAGCUGUUAUCCAGAUGCAAUGGCGCGCUGUGGUUGCUCGGCGUCAUGUUCAGCAUAAGUACCAUAUGUUACGUUGGGCGGCAAUCAAGAUCCAAAGCAUCGCUCGCGGUCAAGUGGUGCGGCAGCGAUAUAAUGAGCUCCGAAACGCCACCCUGGUUGUUCAAAGACGCCGACGAGCAUUUGUCGAGGGAAGAGCGCAGGAAGUUGCGUUCCUGAGAGUACGAGUUGCUGUUCGGGUGAUACAGGAGCGAUGGAGAGCGGUACUGCUAGGCAGGGCGACGAGGGCGCAGUAUCAGGAAGUGCGUUCGAGCAUCAUUCAUAUCCAGGCAACUGCACGUGGCUGCCUGCUCCGUCAACGAUUGAUGAGGGUCAUGCUGGAGAACCAGGCGUGCCUGGCCAUUCAAGCUGCUUGGCGUGGUUACGCUCAGCGUCGAGCUUAUUUGGAAGUCAGGGUAGCAGCAAUCAAAAUUCAACAGACAUGGAAGGCGGUUCAGCAACGACAUAUAGAUCAACAUGCAUUCAAGGAAUAUCAAUGGGGAGCUGCUGUUAUUCAGCAAUGGUGGCGUGCUUGUAAAGCUGGUCGGGAUGUGCGAAUCAGGUAUCAACGACUGCGCCAGGCUGCUAUUACGAUCCAGUCGGUAUAUCGUGGCCAAGUCGCACGGCGGGAAGGGAUGGUGCUUCGUACAAUUGUAGGAGUUCAGACAACAGUACGCGCGAGAUAUAUGCGUUACCAGUUUGAAAGGCUUCGAGCGGCCGCUGUGGUCAUUCAGCAACGUUGGCGAGCAUAUCGGUCUGGAAUUGAGCAUCGGGCCAUGUUUGAAUCGGCACGAUAUGCGUCCAUUAUCAUCCAGCGGAGAUGGCGAGCAGCUCUGGAGGGAAGAAAGGUCCAGCAGGAAUACCAGUCUACUCGUGCGCUUAUCAUCGCUAUUCAGGCGCAUGCAAUGGGUGCUCUGGUGCGUAGAGCGUAUCAGAAGAUGCGGUGGGCAGCUACAGUGGUCCAGGAGAGGCGGCGUGCGCAUGUGCAAGGACGAGAGCAGCGCAAGGCAUACCUGGAGCUAUGGAUGGCCUCCAGGAAAAUUCAAACUGCCUGGAGAUCUUUUCAACUUACGAAGAGGCAGAGACACGCGUAUCUUGAUUUACGAUGGGCAUCUAUUGUCAUCCAACAGCGAUGGCGAUAUAUCAUGUAUAUCCGGACCAUGCAGAUGCAAGCCGAAGCAGAGCGUCAGGCCACCGCGAUCAUGAUCCAGACAGCAGUACGUGGAUGCCUAGUUCGCAACAGAGUCCGUGAGUACCUUGAGGAUCGUGAGCGCGUGAUGGUGCGCUGGGUUGAGCUGUCGUCUCUGACGCUCUCAGCCAUUUGCAUCCAACGAUGCUGGCGCCGAUACCAAGAUGGAAAGCUGGCCGUGCUCCGUGAGACUGCCACUGUCAUGAUCCAGCGCUGGUGGCGUCAGCAUUUGGAGGCUAAGCAGGUGCAUGAGCUCGAGUUGCUUGCGUUCAGGAUACAAACACAGGUCCGAGGGUUUGUGGCACGCCAGAGGUUCUAUCAGCAACGGCUGGCGAUCGUCAAGCUGCAAGCAUGGUGGCGCGGUCACCUUGUUCGACAGGAUUGCACGGCCAAGAUCAAGGCAGCAAGGAAGAGGAUUGAACAUGCGAACGCAACUGCGGAGGAACACAUGAAGCUUGGAAACCGAACAACAAUGGCAUUGGACAUCCUACUCAGCAGUGGUCAGCUCUCUGCGGUCCUGAAAGCAUGUUAUCACUUGGACGUGGUUACUCGGCUGUCCAAGAAUAGCUGUCUCCGCCUGGUGGAGCACAAUGUGAUCAAUAUUAUCUUCCAGCUGAUCAAGUCCUGUAACCGAAGUCAACCUCACAUGGAGGUCCUGAAGCACGGGCUCAACAUCAUCGAGAACCUCUCCCGAGAUCCUGACACCGUUGCAUCAGUCUUUUGGGCGCCCGAGGGGAUGGAGAUCCUGGUAGACUGUGCUCAGGCGUAUCGCGAAAACGAGAUGGUAUUUGAGUCCGUAAUGACGAUCCUGUUAAUUCAUCUGGAGCAGGACGAGAAGCGACGCAGUGUGAUGAAAGGCAUGGGACCUGAGGUCAAGAAGCUGAGAGGCGUUCUGGUGGUCAUGGAACGCAAGGUCGAAAGAGAAGGGCGGAGCAAGAGUCUGCACAUGGUGCCAGGAAAGCCCGUGCGACUGUUGGUGCAGUCUGUAGGGAAAUUGCGAAGAAUCAUCGAGUUGCUGCAAUAACGUAUAUUUUUUUUUUUUUUGUAAUUUAUUAAAAUUCGCCUGUAUUCCAUUCAUA